AUGUAUAUGCGCAACAAAUUCUUUCGCAGCUGCAUUGCUGUACUCCCAAGAAGUUAUGGCACCAAUAAAAAAGCCCAUGCAUCAUUAGAUAUGGCAGAGGAGGUGGGUGCCAGUUUCUUUGCCAAGAAUAUAGGUUCCAAUUACUGGAAAUGGCACGCCGUACUAAGUAAACAUCCCGAAUUAAAAACGUUGAAAAGCAAAGAUAUUCUUAACUCUGCCAAAGCCUUGAACAAACUUGAAUUUUCCGUUGAUGAUAUCCUUACGAGACCAAUGAUUUUAUACACAAAUGAAAUGACAUUGGAAAAUCGUUAUGUUGUAUUAAAAGAAUGCGGUUUUGUGGAAAUAACAAUUCCCUUGCUAUCGAAAUUCGUUGCUGCCAUGAAUCGUAGUGUUGUAUCAUUGAAAUCAUAUAGAUAUAUAUCUUAUGAUACCGAUGUCAUUGAACGACUACGUACAACAUUCAACGAUAUUGAUGUCAAAUUGUUAAAUGAUUCUGAAUGCAAUGAAAGCUUGGAAUUGAAAUUUCUAAGGCAACGCAUACUAAAUUGUUAUCUUAAACAAAGAUUGGGUGCAUCUGCCGCAGAUAUUGAGAAGAUUUGGAAAACAUAUGGACGUUUACGUCACAAAAGUUUUGCUUCCGUUCAAAAUAUCAUAGAAGUUCUUACAAAGGAUUUGAACUUUUCCUAUGAACGUAUCAUAAAAAAUGCCUUCCUGCUGUAUGCCGAUGCGGAGAAUGUGAAACGUAUCCUAACUGAAGUGCCAACUAUCGAUAAUCAGGAUAUAAAAGAAUUAUUAUUUAAAAGGCCAAAAAUCAUGAUGACUUCAUGCGAUGCUCUACAGACCACCAUGCAACACAUUAAAGAUUUUGGUAUUCCAGAAGGCGCCAUAUUAAGAUGUUUGGAAAUAUUGACACUGGGACCUGACACGGUAUUGGAACGUCUAAAGGAUUUAAAUGAAAUUGAAGAGUUUAAAGUUCUUAGCUCAAAUCCAAGAGUGCUGCGUUUGGUACAUUAUCAAAAUAAAGCCCGACUGAGGUUGGAUUAUUUAAAUCAAUUGAAAGUACGAUGUGCCUCACUGCAUAUAUUAUCCUGUAGUUCAGAGGCAUUUGCAAGAUUUGCCCGCGAUGGAUCUGACAAAACCAAAGGCCGCGAUGUUGUUGUCUAUUUGUCAAAUGUUAUGAAUAAAACCGAAAGCGAUUUGCGUAGCUUAUUAUCCAGACAUCCGAAUUGGUGUCACAUACCAGCCAUACAAGUCAAACAAUGCUAUGAGUUUUUAAUAGAAAAUCAUUUUGCCACUGAAGAUAUAUACAAUAAUAUACACGUGUUGUUGUAUCCAAUAAAACGUAUUGAGGAAAAGUUGAAGCAAUUUGAAAACACCGAUUUCCUCAAAGAAAUCAAAUCCAUUGAAAACUCCAAUGAACUAACAACAAAUGAAAUGCUCACAUUAGUUUUAUAUUUAAUAGAAAGUGAAUUUCAUUUUACCGGAGAUGGUAUUUGGACAGAACAGCAUACUCAGCAUGUGGAAAACUUUAAUAAUUUGUUACCUGAUUUCCCGGAAAGUCUUAAUAACAUCUAUAAGUAUGGUCUUAAAUCUGCGUCAACAUCAAUAUCAGCCAAAAAGGAAUCGAAAGAUUCAUUUAAAGAAUAUGUUUUUAAUUGAAAG